UUGCAGUCAUGUUUGUCAGGAAACCCCAGCAAACCGUGCUUCGUCCUUUACUUUAAAGGAGUCACUUUGAUGCUGGACUGUGGAUUAGACAUUGCUCAGAUUCUCAAGUUUCUGCCAUUGUCUGUGGCACCAAACAAAUCUGACAAUACAAUUAAAAAAUGGACUCACAGUGACAAAGAAAAGGACAAAAUAUUGGGAGAUGAACUACGAGAAGUAGCAGGAUCUGUGUUUGUAGAUGGAUCACCGGAAUUUUGCUCCCCAGAGCUGGGUAUGACAACACUUUCAGAAGUGGAUGCUAUUCUUUUGUCCAAUCAUAAUACAAUGCUGGCCUUACCAUAUAUAACAGAGUAUUCAGGAUUCAAAGGGACAAUUUAUUGUACAGAACCUACUCUACAGAUAGGAAGACAGUAUAUGGAGGAGCUGGUAACCUAUGUAGAAAGGAACCCCCGAAAUAAGAAAUGUUCGAAGUGGAAAUCUGACGGAAUUCUCGCCUCUCUACCAGCCCCCCUCAGGGAUGCAAUUCGACCCACAGCAUGGCGGGAAUGUUACACCAGGCAUGAUAUUCAAGCCUGCCUCUCCAAAGUACAGACUGUUGGAUACAAUGAGAAAAGAAACAUAUUUGGAGCUUUAACAAUCACAGCCUGUAGUUCUGGGUACAGCAUUGGAAGUUGUAAUUGGACAAUCAAGUCCCCAUACCAAAAGAUCUGUUACAUUUCUGGAACAUCAACUCUGACCACCCACCCUAAACCAAUGGACACAGACCCUCUAAGACAGAGUGACCUAAUUAUUCUCAGUUCUAUGACAAAAACUCCAGGUUAUAACCCGGAUCAGAUGAUUGGUGAAUUCUGUGUGAACACAGUGGUGACAAUAAAGAAUGGUGGUAAUGUCCUUGUACCUUGUUACCCAUCAGGGAUGACCUUUGACCUUUUUGAAUGUUUAAGCGGCCAUCUUGAUAGUUGUGGACUAACCACAGUUCCUUUGUACUUCCUGUCUCCUGUGUCAGACAGUUCAUUAGCAUACUCCAAUAUCUACGCAGAAUGGUUAUCAACAUCCAAACAAUCCAAAGUGUAUCUACCUGAGCCUCCAUUUCCUCAUGCAGAGCUUGUGUCAAUAGGAAGACUUAGACAUUACACAAAUAUACAUGAUGGAUUACAGAAUGAUUUUAAAUCUCCGUGCAUUGUUUUUGCUGGUCAUCCAUCACUGAGGAUGGGGGAUGUUGUACACUUCAUGGAACUGUGGGGGAAAUCAUCCAGCAACACUAUACUCUUCACUGAGCCUGAUUUCCCUUACAUAGAAGCCUUAGCACCCUUCCAACCACUUCAGAUGAAGGUUUGCUAUUGCCCAAUUGACACAAGCCUGAAUUUUUCACAAGCGAACAAAUUAAUGAGAGAUCUGAAGCCAGGACAUCUAGUGGUGUCAGAGUCCUAUGUGCACCCACCGGCUAACCUGACCCACAAAACAGACCUUGUCAUAGAUUAUGACCCACAGCCACUUACCUAUAAAAGGGGAGAGAUUUUAACACUACCCAUAAAAAGACAGUUUGAAACUGUAGAAAUCACCCCUCAGCUGGCCAAGAAUAUUGGUCCUGUGGAAGUGAAACCAGGCUGUAUGGUAUCCAUGGUUACAGCUGCCCUGAAUAUCAAGGACAACAAAUAUACGCUGGAGAUGUUGCCAGAAGGUCAUUUGUCAGGAAAGAAGCGAAGAGCAGAUGGCAGCUUAAUUCGGCAGAAGUCUUAUAUCUGGGGCAGUCUGAAUGUUCAGACUUUUGUUGAUGCACUUACAAGGCAAGGGAUAACUGACAUUAAGGUAGAGGACACUGAAGAUGGAUCAAUCAUUGAUUUAGUAAAAAUGGAAAAACUACAGGCACAAGUUCUUAUAGACUUCAUUGAAUCAGAGAAGGGAUUUUAUUCUGACCAGAGUUUGGAUAAAGACCGAGAUAAAAAGAUGCAGGUCGUCCAAGAACAGUUGGCUAAGAUCACUAUUCAGCUGCCAGACUCCGAGCAGGAAGAGGUCCGAACCAGCAUAACACACCUGUUGAUUUUAGCUGACAUCAGUAUGUCCAUGUCAGGAAGUCCAUUAGCACAGGUGAAAGAUGCACUGACAGAGAUACUAGGGAAUGCAUUACAACACUCCAACAUCAUUACAGAUUUAUUUCUGUUCAACAACAUGGCCUUCACUGUGGACUUUGACAGAUCAAAUUACUUACACAAAAUUGAGGAGAUCAAAGCCUCAGGAGGGACCUGCUUCUCCAAGGCUUUCAGUCACUUGGGAGCAGAAAUGAAGAGAAUUGAAGAAAAAGCAGAGAAGGAGAUAGACAGAAGUGUGAUUGUAUUUCUGACGGACGGAAUGGACUCUAGUCUCUAUGGAACCAAUCAGGUUCAAGAAGAGUGGUUCCAAACUCUAAUGGGAAGUCUGAAGGAGGUGACCUCACCAUAUACCAUUCACACAGUGGGAUUUUCUAAAGAACAUCACUAUAAUUUCCUGAAGAAGUUGACAGAGCAGGGAUCUGGUGAGGGACUGUUCCGAUACUGUGAACCAAAGGACGGGCCGACAGUCCUGAGAGACAAACUCCAGGAACUGUUUGAUUUUGUUCUCAGCAAUGCCACUGCACCAAUGAAAGUUAAUGUCUCAAUACCAGGAACCAAUCAGAUUUUGGAGGGAGGAACAACAAAAAAUACUGCCACAUAUUUAGGGGAGAUAACUACGGAUGAAACCUCAGGGAAGAGAGAGCUGGGACUGGAUCUGUGGAUUUUUGUCUGUGAUCCCAAUACAACUGAUCUGACAAUAAACGUAGAGAUGACAGUGUUAGAGAAUGAGCAGGUAGAGAAAGUUUUGGUUCCAUGUGAAGUUACCAUGACAACAAGGCAGGUUAUAGAUGCUCAGGAGAAGGUCAUGUGGAACGUGAAGGUUCUACAGAGAAAUUGUGAUGUUCUGUCAGCAGCUAUAGGAAAAGCCAUUAAUGACGGAAAUGUGAAAGAUAACAUGACAAGUCGAGUGGAUAAACUACAAGAGAGAGUGUCUCGAGUUCCACUCUUCAAACGCGAGUUUGACAAAGAAAUAAGGGAGGGCAUGAAAGUUCAUCUUGAUGAUAUAAAAACAAAGAUUAAUCAUAUGAGAACAGUACUGGCAGAGUAUGCUCGAGGAAACACUCAAUCUGUGCAGAUGUUGGCUCGAGCUCAUGACAUGAGGUAUCAGGCAAAGUUUUCAAAAUCCAGAAGACAGAGGAUUCUAGACAAGCGAGUGGCCAAGAACAUGCCUAAUCUACAGACUGCUCAGUCCCAGCUUGACCAGCUCAUCUUAAAUCAUCAGGAAAUAGAACAGAUGUCUAGUUCAGCCAAAGAAUUCUUUGUUUGCUCACUGUCUCUCAACAAUAUCAGGGAUGUUUUACUGGACUCUGACAAAGAUGAUGCCAUUGGAUUUGGCCUGGCUGUUCGCAGACAAGAACAUGUGCUUGAUGCCCCAACACUUGUAGAACUUCACUCUAUUAGUGGAACACUUGUGAGCAGGAGUGCCAUGUUGGAUGCUCUCGAGUAUAAGAUUAACUGUUCAGGACAACUUAAAGCUCAUGGUGGGUUUGAUUUCACUCAACCACUAGGUGUCACCACUGUUGGCCAGUCAAGAGAACCAAUCAAUGCUUGGCUCCCUCUGUACUGCACCAGACAACAUUGGGAGAGAGUUAAGGUAUUACUAAAGCCAUCACUAGGAUAUUUCUGUACUUUAGACCCCCUGGGUUAUGACUUUCAGCAGAUGGAUGUUAUGUUUAUGGUUUUGGGGUCAAUGGUAGGAGGACUCACUGACACCAAGUCCAGCGACCAACAGCUGAAGAUGAUAUUCUGCUUCCUUCAAACUUGUCAAGCCUGCAUUCAAGAGUUUUCACUGGAAAACAGACUUACCGAGGCUGUCAAUAAAUUCCUCACCUCACCUGAAGAUAGAAUGAAACAUAAACUUCCAAAUCUCUACACCAUGAUUGGUUAUGUUCUCUCAUUGCCAGCUGACACCAUCAGAACUGUUAUAGAAUGUACACGGAGAGGGGCGUCACGGAUUCUUAGAGAAAUUAACUCCAAUAUCACUCAUGGAUUGGUUGAUUUGAUUUUACAUGGAAACAAAGACAAGGACGUGGUAGAUGAGAAAACUGCAUACAAAGACCUUGUAAAAUGUCUCUACUCUGAAAUCAAUAAUAAAAAAGAUUUACCCCUGACAAAAGUAUUUGAUCCACGAGAGGGACUCACGAUUGAUGACAGUAUGACAAAGAAGUACGACGAAAAAAUGGAUCAGACAAUGGAAGUGUGGGCUCAAGCAGAGCUAGAUAUUAUUAGAAACAAAAAUCAAACCAAAAAAGUGAAUGCUGCCAGAAAAGCUGUAGAACAGUGGCAACAGGAAGGGCGAGCAGCAGUGGUGGUGGAUCCAGUGACUGAGUCAGGAUGUGGGGUGGAUGAUCCAUGUGUACUGACAAAUUCAAAGCUACAACAUUUGACAAAGAUGAUCAAGACUUUCUCCAGUCAGUCUAAGCCUUCAUUAUCUAGUUUUCUGGGUUGUAUGGCUUUUAUUGAGUUCUGGCUGUUACAAUCCAAAGAUUUAUCAGAAAUGGACCUAAAUGAUGGACUCCCACCAGAAGGUUGGAUUGAGAUGGCCAAAGAGGCAGUGAAAAAGGUCUACACCUGUGCUAAUGAACAAGUGAAGUGUUUUAUGACUGAGAGUGAGGAUGAGGAUCUCCUGGUUGUCAAGGAAACUGUGAGUUCUGAGACAGCAUCAGUUCCAGGAGGGUCUGUGAGUGAUAGUCAGUGCACAACAAAAAGGGAUGAUGAUGUAGAUGAUUUCUCUGAUGAUAAUGACAAUGGAACAGAGAGUGAUUAUGACAUUGAGGAGGAUUUUGAUGUUUCACCAAAACCAAGGAAAGUGGAGAAUAUGGUGCAUAAGCAUAUUUCAUUGCCUGUUAUAUUGACCUUGAUUGACCCUGACCUAGAUGUGGUUCAGUUGUCAAGGUUACUGAUGUGUCAGGUGAUAGCCUACCACAGCAACAGUAAAGCCAGAGCAGCCGUGGCAAACAAUCAGUAUAUCAACUUUGCUACAAAAGUUGACUACCAGGAAGAGAUCAGAAAACUGGAUGCUGAAUUAAUAAAGAUGCGAGAAGAGGCCAUUAAGGAUGUAAUGGAGUCAGUUCAGAACUUACGGGCUAACUACUGUAUGCUGCAUACUCCCUCAAUGUGGGCUUUUAUAGGUUAUCUUAUGUGUACAUAUAAGGAGAGAAACCAAGGCUUCAGUGAUUUAUUGUCAACCAUUGUGGAUGAGAAUUCUCCAGAUCAAUUCCCACUGCUAGCAGACAAAGUCAGAGUUAUGUUUCUUGGGAAGUAUAAAGAUUACGCUGUACUUGCCCGCGGCAACGUCUGGAUACCUGAGGCCAAGGUCGCCAAACAGUUUGCUAAAGUUCUAGGAGAAGAGGUUUGGAAUGAUAUAGAUGUGGAAGUGCGCUCCCAUGUAAAGCUGCAUGUAUACCGUGAAUCAGAUAUUCCUAACAGACAUGGGCAUUGUAACUCCAAUCCUUAUAUUCCGAAUGCACUGAGAAGAAAGCUGGGGAUGCCACUACUCAAAAAUUAACAGGCUACAGUAUCCCUUGUCAGUUUAUGUGAGCCUAAGACUCUAGUGACCUCAUGUGAGCCUAAGGCUAAAGUAAGAUGAUGGAAUCUGGGGAUGUAACAACUCAAAAAUUAACAGGCUACAGUGUCCCUUUUCUGCUCAUGUGAGCCUAAGUCUAAAGUGAGAUUAUGGAAUCUGGGGAUGUCACAACUCAAAGAUUAACAGGCUACAGUAUCCCUUUUCUGAUCAUGUGAGCCUAAGACUCUAGUGAGCUAGUGGAAGCUGGGAAUGCCAAUACUCAAAGAUUAACAGGCUAUAGUAUUGUUUUUAGGUCAUCUGAGCCUGAGGCUCAUGGAAGCUAGUGAACUAUUAAAAAAAAAUGAUCAAUAUCCAUCCCUACCCAUUCAUCUGCAUAUUUAUCUGUAA